GUACAAGAUGUGUCUACAUUGCGGCGACACCUGGCAGCACACCAUAAGGCCAAUUCGCUGACACUUGUUCAAGGGCAAAUACUAUCAUGGUGCGACAAACACAAAUACGAGUCAAAGCUUGAGGACGACAUCAAAGCACGAGCAGCUGCAGCUGCAGCCGAGUCGGAGUCGCAGAAACAGACGACACUCGAUGGCCAUGUGCACAGCGGGCCCCCCGUCGAUCCUGUCAUUCCAUACUCAGAUAGCGCGUUCAAAAGUGCUGCGAUUGAGUGGCUUGUUGCUACCGAUCAACCUAUUGGCGCGUUCGAGCAUCCCGCCUUUAUCAACAUGAUAAAUAUCGCUUCCCGUGCCAAAGGCGCGGUCACGCUGCCGAAACGUUCAGCUACUCGACAGGAAAUCUUAGCUCAGUUCCAUCAGUAUCUUCGGACUUGA